AGGUGGGUUGUGGGGGGGGGCGGGGAGGAGAGAGAGAGUGAGAGAAGUGGAGGCGGGCGGGACGGGGGGUCAAGGAGGAGAUGGGGCGGACACCGAGGCCGAUCAUGGAGGGUGAUUUCGAGACCGAACAACAAAAGCAAGCUGCUGCUGAUGUUCUAUUCCAAUAUUCACAAUUUGUCAUGGUGUGCAUAGGGGAAGGAGUUCGACCAAGUGAUCUAAGGUUGCACUUGAUGAAGGAAAUUUCAGAAAUGCCAACCUCGUUGAAGAAAGAACCUUUAUCAGCAGUAGCUUCUCCUGAUUCCACAGGCAAAACAUCAUCAUCAUCAACAGGAACAUUGAAAGGAGACAAAAAUGAAGGCUUCUGAUAAUCUUCUUAUGAAACACAAGUUGUUAGCUCAUAUUCUAGUCGGGCAUACAAACUCGGCCGGAAGGAGGACAUCAUCCUCUUGAUUCUAUAAACUAUAGAAUGUAGCUUGCAUAUAAUGGAUGAAAGAUUUUUCUAAUGAACGUCUUCUAGGGUGUAAAUAUAAUGCCUUAUGUAGGUAUAAGUCAAUAUGUGUUUUUUAAUCAUACAAUUCAUUGUGUUAAUCAUAUAAUUUAAUCAUAUAAUUCAAUUAUGUACAUAUAAUUCAAUAAGUAAAUGCAGGAUGUCGUUCAGUGUUGCUAUGACUUUCUGACACUUGGAUCGACCAUGGUUGGUCACUUA